AUGGAAACGUCGGUGGCUGCUCAGAAUCAACUACCCCCAGAGCUUGUUCAAAGAGCUAUAAUUUUAGAGGUCAUGUCUACACCCAUUUAUGUGGCACCUAUGAACGCUUCUCGGUAUCAAAUUCACCCCAAUUUACCUUGGGGCAUGCCACCAAAUUAUAUACUAGAAGGUUACCACCCACAAGUUCCUGAAGCUCCCGUAAUGCCUGUUGUCAUGUUAAUACCACCUUCUGUGAUACACACUACUCCAUACCACAAAGAGCCCAUCUUUCACGCCACUCCAAGUGAGAGUAUGGGAUCAUAUGAGAAAAUGGACGAAUUCCAAGACCAAUUCGUUGAGAUUCAGAGAGAGAUUAAAGCUCUUAGGGAAAAAGAUCUAUUUGAAAAGAAUGCCCACGAUUUAUGCCUUGUUCCAAAUGUCAAAAUACCUGCCAAAUUUAGAGUACCUGACUUUGAAAAGUACAAGGGGGAUUCUUGUCUGAGGAGCCACUUAAUUAUGUAUGCCCGAAAAAUGUCCACUCAAACUGACAACCACCGGUUGCUAAUUCACUAUUUUCAACAUAGUCUGACUGGUGCCGCCCUCAAAUGGUACAUGAACUUGGAUAUUGCCUAUAUUCACACAUUCAGUGAUUUAAGUGAAGCUUUCAUCAGGCAGUACAAGUACAAUAUUGACAUGGCGCCGGAUAGAGAUAAACUUCGGGCUAUGUCCCAAAGAGACAAGGAAACUUUCAAGGAAUAUGCACAAAUAUGGCGCGGGGUUGCCGCCCAGAUUUGUCCUUCUCCCGAAGAAAGCAAAAUGAGUAAGAUCUAUUUAAAGACUCUAAGCACUUUCUACUAUGAACGAAUGAUAGUGAGUGCACCAAGUGAUUUCACCGAUAUGGUGAAUAUGGGGAUGCAUCUCGAAGAAGGUGUCUGUGAGGGAUGA